AUGGCAUCAUCAGCGCCGACUCAAGACCAACGGUCAUCGCUCGAGCAGAGUUCUUCGCAAGACAGACACACUUCUCUCGAGGACGAGAGUGUCCCUCCUGAAAAGAUCUCCAUCGUGCAAACCAGAGCUAAAGCACUCGUUGACCACCGUGAAGGCUUGAUCGCUCCGAAGCGCGCGCGGCCACCCCCCAAACAUCACAACGCCGCGGGCCCGAGCCGCCAUUCUACGAUCUCGAGCCUCCCGCAAGGCCGUGACGCGCCCGCUCACACAUACCCGCCGCCCAGCGCUGAUGUUGCAACAGCCGCGAGUGCAGCGCGCGAUGACUCUGGCACGACGGACGCUGCGAAUGAAACUCAGAAAUCAUCGUUCUUGUUCAGGUUCAUCUUCGCUAUGUGCCCGCCGCGCAAGCAAACCGAGUCGCUUGCAUGA